AUGAAAAACAGUCAAUUGUAUAUUUUAUGUUUUGGUACAACAUUGACAAGUAUUAAAAAUGAAUAUUUAAAAUGUAAAACAUUAUCUGAUUUCGAAGAAUUAGCUAAGAAAUCAAUGAUGCCACAUCGUUUUUAUUACUAUGACUACAAAGCUGGUCAAGGACAUACAUAUCAAGCAUGUAGACAUUAUUUUGAUAAACAAUUAAGAAUUAUGCCAAGAGUUUUGAUAGAUGUUAGUGAAAUUUCAUUAAAAACAACUAUAUUUGGGUUGAUAUAUGAAUCACCAAUUCUAAUUGCUACAUCUGCUUGUCAUUGCCUUGCUCAAGUUGAUGGUGAAGUUGCUACAGCUCGUGCUGCAACUGAAACUCAAUGUAUUUUUACUUACAAUUGGACGUUUUCAAAUAUGCCAGAAGAAUAUGUUUUACAAACACUCGCUGAUAAAAAAGGAUAUCGAGCAAUUGUUAUUACAUGUGAUCAACCACAUGAACGUAUUCGAGAUUUUGUAUUACCAUUAUUUGAAGAGGCAUCAAAGAAUAUUGAUCCAGAAUUAAUGAAGAAUAUGUCAAUACCAAAUUUGAAUAUACCUGGCAUAAUUGUUAAGCAACAUUUUGGUACCGGUUCGGUAACAUGGGCAAAUAUUGAAUGGAUAAGAAAAUUGACACAAUUAUCAAUUAUUUGCAAAGGUAUACUCUCACCAAUUCAUGCAGAAUUAGCAAUCAAAUAUGGAGCAAAUGGAAUUAUUGUCAGUAACCAUGAUGGUCGACUAAUUGAUACAGCACCACCAGCUAUUGAAUGUCUAGAAGAUGUCGUCAAUGCUGUGGAUGGACGUGCAGAAGUAUUUGUUGAUACUGGUAUUCGAAGUAGAACUGAUGUGUUAAAAACAUUAGCAUUAGGUGCACGAGCUGUUUUGAUCGGUCGACCAAUUUUAUAUGGUUUGGCUUGUGGCGGACAAGAUAGUGUUCGAAGAGUAUUAGAUAUAUUAAAACGUGAAUUAGUUUAUGAUAUGGCUUGUUGUGGAUUAACAUCGAUUGAUCAAAUUAAUAAAGAUAUUCUUUAUAAACAUUAA